AGACUGAGGAUCUAACCGUUUUUUGGCGCCGAAUUUCCCAUAUAUAAACCGACAACAACGCUAGAAGGUUCAUAAGAACAACCGCUUCUUGCUCUCCAUUUCCCCAAAAAAUGCUUCAUCUUUUAGUUCCUAAUACGCUACGAUGAGCCACUCAUAAACCCCAAAUUCUCUAAUGGAAACCUCAACAUGUUCCAGUAAACCACCGCAAACCCUAGAUUCUCUCCAGCUCUACCAAACAUCUCUCGCUUCCCUUUCCGUCCCAAUCCAUAGCGACCAUCGCCACCACCUCUCCUCCUUCCCUCUCCCGUCGUCUCUUCCUUCGUCGAAGGUCAUCCCCAACACUCGCUUCCUCGUCGACGCAUUUCGCUAUGCCACCAGCUCCACAGUCACCUACUUCCUCUCCCAUUUCCACUCUGAUCACUAUACAGGCCUUUCCUCUAAUUGGUGCCAAGGCCUCAUUUUCUGUUCCCCUACCACUGCUAAUCUCCUUACUCAAGUUCUCAAGAUUCCUUCGCAGUUCGUCUUUCCAUUGCCUUUGCGCGAGCCUGUGAUUAUCGAUGGGUCUGAAGUUACACUUAUCGAUGCCAAUCACUGCCCUGGGGCUGUUCUGUUCUUGUUUAAAGUUCCUGGUAAGAAUCAAGCGAGUUUUAAGAUGUAUAUUCAUACUGGUGAUUUUAGAUACUGUGGUUCAAUGCAAGAAGAUAGCUUACUGAGCCAGUUUUUUGGUUGCGACACAGUGUUUUUAGAUACUACUUAUUGUGAUCCUAAAUUUGUUUUUCCCUCUCAAGAGGAAUCGAUUGAUUAUAUAGUUGGUGUGAUAGAUAGAAUAGGAGAGAAGUAUAUGGGUCAAGAAAGAACUGUACUGUUUCUCGUUGCAACCUAUGUUGUAGGGAAGGAGAGGAUUUUGCUUGAGAUUGCACGUAGGUGUAAAAGAAAGGUCCAUGUGGACGGGAGGAAAAUGGAGGUUUUGCGGGUUUUAGGACAUGGAGAGAGUGGGAUGUUUACAGAAGAUGAGACCGAGAGUGAUGUUCAUGUUGUUGGAUGGAAUGUGCUUGGAGAGACAUGGCCUUAUUUUCGGCCAAAUUUUGUUAAAAUGAAGGAGAUUAUGGUGGAAAGACGAUAUUCUAAAGUUGUGGGAUUUGUACCUACUGGUUGGACUUAUGAAGCGACACAUAAAAAAAACUUCCCAGUGAGGUCAAAGGAGACAUUUGAGAUCCAUCUCGUGCCAUAUAGUGAACAUUCAAAUUAUGAUGAGCUUAUGGGGUUUGUGAAAUUCUUGAGACCAAAGCGUGUUAUUCCUACAGUUGGUGUGGAUAUUGAAAAACUUGACAGUAAAGCUGCUAUUAAAAUGCAGAAGCAUUUUGCUGGUUUAGUUGAUGAAAUGGCUAACAAAAAAGAGUUUUUAAUGGGUUUUCAUCGUGGGUCUUUGGAGAAUGAUGAAAAGGUUGAGAUGGAAGAUGUCUCUGGCUUGAGUGAGGGCCUAGGUCAGGAGAAAGGGGCAGCUUCCUGUGAAGUCAAUACGCUUGAAGAUAAGGAUCUAGGUGUCAUUUUGAACUCUUCAACUAUCCUGCAAGAAUGUGGUUCAAAUUUGGCCAUACUAAAUGAUGAGGGAACAAAGAAGAUCAUACAAGAACUUAGUGAUUGUUUGCCUUCAUGGGUUACCCGAGACCAAAUGUUGGAUUUGAUUAACAACUCAGAAGGGAAUUUUGUUGACGCAGUGUCUAAUUUUUAUGAUAACGAAACACAAUUUCAUCAACAAGUCUUUAAACGAAAGGCAUCAAUUUCCUCAUCUCAUAAUAUAUCUAUUUCUUCAUCUCCAGCCAGUAUACCAAAUGGGCCUGAAGCACUUUCAAAACCAGUUUCUAUUAAGAGUAGCCAAGAGAGUUUGAGUUCUCCAUUGAGUCAAAAUCUUAAAUCAUCAAACACAAAGCCUUCAGUUAAAAGUCGCAUAACCCCUGCAAAAAGGAAGAAUGUUGAAAAUAAGCACAGGAAGAAAGUAAAACCUAAUCCAAAACUUGAAUCUGGGGGACCAAAACAGUCUACUAUUACAAGGUUCUUCAAUAAGAUUGUGCCUAAGGUUUCUACAGGCAGCGUGGUUGAGUUUAUACCAGAGCAAUGUCCAGUAGAUGAAAAAUCAUUGCCGAAUGAUGACACUAUAUCAUACAAACAGGAGAUAAAUCAGUUUAUUCAGAUCAUUGAUGGUAACAAUUCAUUAAGAGGCUAUGCUGCCACCAUGCUGGAGAGGACCAAAGGAGACAUUAGCAAGGCAUUAGAUAUACAUUAUGGUAAUCCAGAGGGUAACUUUGACAAGAGUGUGGUGAGGUUGGUAGCCUCAGGUGAUUCAAUCCAGCCCCAGUGUCACACUAAUGAGUUCUCUUCUGCUCAGGAAAAAACUGUUUCGGAGGAGGAAGAACAUAUGAUUGAUUUGUCUCUGAAGAGAGCAUUGACAGGAAAUGUGGCUCCAACUUAUGUUGCACUACCUCCAGAAAAGUACAUUCCUAUACAGCAUGCAUGCUGGAAGGCUGGAGAGCCUGCUCCAUAUAUCCAUCUUGCACGAACAUUUGACUUGGCUGAGGCUGAAAAAGGAAAGAUCAAAGCUACUUCUAUGUUAUGCAAUAUGUUUAGAAGUUUACUAGCGUUGUCUCCUGAGGAUGUCCUACCUGCUGUGUAUCUAUGCACCAAUAAGAUCGCUGCUGACCAUGAAAAUAUAGAGCUGAACAUAGGUGGAAGCUUGGUCACAUCAGCAAUAGAAGAGGCAUGCGGGACAAACAGGUCCAAAAUAAGGGAUAUGUACAACAGUUUGGGGGAUCUUGGUGAUGUUGCUCAACUAUGCCGACAAACACAAACAUUACUUGCUCCUCCUUCUCAACUUCUUAUUAAAGAUGUUUUUUCCGUGCUUCGAAAGAUAAGUGCGCAGACAGGUACUGGAAGCACUGCUCAGAAGAAGAGCCUCAUUGUAAAUCUUAUGCGUUCUUGUAAGGAGAAGGAGAUGAAGUUUAUUGUUAGAACUUUGGUAAGGAAUUUACGGAUUGGAGCAAUGAUGAAAACUGUUCUACCUGCACUGGCCCAAGCUGUUGCUCUGAAUUCCUUGGCUAAUGCUUCUGAGGAACAGAAAGUUGACUUGAAGGAGAAACUUCAGUACCUUUCUGCAGCAGUUGUUGAAGCUUAUAAUAUACUUCCAAAUUUAGAUUUGGUCAUUCCUUCACUUAUAAGCAGAGGCAUUGAAUUUUCUUCAUCCACCUUGUCAAUGGUGCCAGGAGUACCUAUUAAACCUAUGCUUGCAAAAAUUACAAAUGGAAUUUCUCAAGCAUUGAAACUCUUUGAAGAUAAAGCUUUUACAUGUGAAUACAAAUAUGAUGGUCAGCGCACCCAAAUUCACAAAUUAUCAAAUGGUACGGUGCGUGUCUUUUCACGAAAUGGGGAUGAAACAACAUCAAGAUUUCCAGAUUUGGUGAACAUAAUUAAGGAAUCUUGUAAACCUGGUGCAGUGACUUUCAUUCUGGACGCAGAGGUAGUUGCAGUUGAUAGAAAAAAUGGCUGCAAGCUUAUGUCUUUCCAAGAACUAUCAUCAAGGGAGAGAGGGAGCAAAGAUUCAUCAAUAACAGUGAAUAACAUAAAGGUCAACAUUUGUGUAUUUGUCUUUGAUAUCAUGUUUGCUAAUGGAGAACAGUUGCUGGAGCUUCCUCUCCGCCAAAGACGGAAAUACCUAAAGGAUUUGUUUUGUGAUGAAAGGAUGGGCUAUUUUGAAUAUGCAAAGGAAAUUACGAUUGAAGCACAUGAUGCUUGUUUGACCAAUGAUGUAACAAUUGUCAAGAUACACUCUUUCCUUGAAGAGUCAUUGCACUCAUCAUGUGAAGGGAUCAUGCUGAAAUCUUUAGAUGUUAAUGCUGAAUAUUCUCCAUCAAAGCGUACUGACACAUGGCUGAAGGUUAAACGUGAUUAUGUGGAAGGAAUGAAUGAUUCUCUUGAUUUAGUACCCAUUGGAGCCUGGCAUGGGAAUGGGAGAAAAGCAGGAUGGUAUAGUCCAUUUCUCAUGGCAUGUUACAACCCUGAGAACGAAGAAUUCCAAAGUGUAUGCCGUGUCAUGUCCGGGAUCUCAGAUGCAUUUUACAUUGAGAUGAAAGAAUUCUUUUCUGGAGAGAGAGUCUUGUCAAAAAAGCCACCAUACUACCAAACUAACGAGGUGCCAGAUUUGUGGUUUUCUCCAGAACUUGUUUGGCAAAUACGAGGUGCAGACUUUACAGUUUCACGAGUUCACCAUGCUGCUAUAGGUUUAAUUCAUGCCUCCCGUGGCAUCUCAAUCAGAUUUCCCAGAUUUAUCAGCUCAGUGUCAGAUAGAAAUCCAGAGGAUUGCAGCACAGCUGCAGAUGUUGCAGAAUUGUUUAAUUCUCAAACACGGAAGAUGGAUGUAGCAGCUGCAAAUUGAAUCGGCUGUUUUAGCAAGUAUGUAAAUAAUCCAUCUUUGUAGUCUGAAAUUUUUCUGCCAAAUGUUAAAAAGAAGGUGGUGAUCUAAUUUCACAUUUAUUAAUGUAGAGCAUGCUUUAUAAUGUUUGUUGGUUUGUCAACCUUUUGCUUC